GGAAUCCCCAUACCAGCCAUUACCAUUAUUAGAGCAGAGGGAGUGUUUUGAAGGCUAAAGUGGGUUUGAAAAAUAGAUCUAAAUUAAUAUCAAAUUGAGCAGAGAGAGUGUUGAAGGCCAAAGAUUAGAUGAAGAAAAAAGAAAAUAAGGACAAAUAGAACUGAACUAACAACAUGGCCACUAGAUAUUUUGGAAUAUCUGACGAAGACUUCAGGCAAUUGUUGGUGAAAGUGUCUGAAUGGUAUGAUGCUCGUGGGUACAUCAACAUGCUGAAAGUGUUGUACAGGGACCAUGUGACUGAGGUCUCUCAGUUACAAAAUGCUUCUCAGACGAUGACAUUGCUGCAUUUGCUUUAUGAUUCUGGUGAUCUGUGUCCAACUGAUCUGACUCUCCUGUAUGAAAGCAUCAAGGCAACUCAAAAAUAUGGUUUGAUACAAGAAAUAAAAGCCCUGAUACCAUCAUGUCCAAACAUCAGAGAAGUUGUAAUUUCAAAAUUUACACCUUACCGACAAAAGCUGAUGAAGCUUGGAUUUAGACUAGUCCAAACUGACGUAGGAAAAAUCAGUGCACUUUAUAAUAAUCCAGUAAAGGCUUAUGCAGAUAGCUGGAGUCUGAUAAAUGAUCUGGAACACAGGAUGAUAAUUUGUGAAAAAAAUAUGAAAAAUUUCAUCAAAAAGUUAGAGAAAAAUAAUUUCCAUCAAGCAGUCGCUGCUCUACGUGAAGAUAUUGGAAAUGCGCCCCAAGAAGAUCAAGCACCCAAAGAAUGUACAGAAUAUGGAAAUGCACCUCCAAAAAAUAAACGAAAAAGAAAAGAUCAGGCACCCACAGAAGAGUAUGAUUUCUACAUCAUAAGUGAAGACAUGGAAUGGGAAAAAAGAAUGUUGUACGAACUCCAAAAGAAGAUGCCUGGAGUAAAAUGUCUGAGUAGAAAGGACUGGAAAUAUGGAAAGUUUAAAAUUGACAAUUUGGUGAGUCCAGUUAAAAGAUGCAAGCGGGUUGUAGUGGGGUUCACAUCAGGAAUGGCAGCUGGCAAUCUGGAGUUUGUUGCUGUAACUGCUGUUCAACAGAUGUUGGAUGACAAUUCUCUGGAUCAGGGAAAACUUAUUCCAGUGAGGAUAACAGAAGAUGCCAUGAUACCAGUCUAUCUGGAAACAAUAACAGUAGCCAAUGGUUGGGAAGAAGAUUUUUAUGACAGGCUGUUGAAUGCAUUAACUGAACAAGAGAUUAAAGUUGUGCUUAGGUGUAAUGAGUCAAUGGAAGCUGGACACAGCCUCAGACCAGAUGAUCCCAUGAGCUCAAGUAAUGAACCAAAGGAAAAAGUUCAAAAUCAGCCUAUUGAUAUUCCUUUCAAAUCGAAUAAAGUUUUGGAACAUUUUAGACAUCUCGGCAUUUCAAGAGUUGAUGGUGUCACAUCUGAGCCUUCAUCCCUCUGUCUCCUCACAAAUGAUCCUAAAGUGUUGACCAAGCUUUGGAGCGAGUAUCAGAAUGGUAGAUUGAUGGAAGACCUGCGAAAAAUCUUAUCAAUAGACAAUUAUCAAGGAGAUCUUUCACAGAUGUGGUCACUGUACAUUGACAAAACAAAAUACACUGAGGCUCUUCAGAACAUGGAGAGUAAAGAUAAAGAAGAUGGACCAGCUGCAAAAAUACCAAAUGUAGGCAGGCCAUUCGACCAAGAUGAAAAGAUGUACAGUGUUGAUAACAAUUUAUUACCUCUAAAUGUAGUAAAGAGGAAAAAAGAAAUUGAGUUACCACAAUCCUGUACUGUUCUUGACUUAAGCAAUUUCAUAAAGAAUGUUCAACAGAAGGGUAUUUCAUUGACAUGUACUACAUUUAUUGCUAGAAGUGUUAACCUUUCAUCAAUCACAGGGAAAACCUUAUUCACUUUAUUCAAAAUUGCUCCUAAUUUAAUUGAACUAGAACUAAUUGGAUGUAAUUUGUCAAGUAAUAUUGUUGAUGAUUUGAUUAGUAGAUAUCUGGAUGAUGGCAGUUGUGUCCUAAAAUCUCUUACUCUUUCUAUCAAUGACCUCAGUAACAUUGACACAAAACGGUUAAGUACAUUUGCCAGCACACUUAAUACGUUGAAGCUGGAUCGAUGUAAAGUGCCAGCUGUUUUUUUUAAAGAAUUAGUGAGUAAUUCUUUAGAGAAAUUAAGAUUUUUUUUUGUCAUAAAUAAUGACUUUAGUGACAUAAAAGGGACAACAUUGUGUUCUCUGUUUAAAGCUGCUCCUUUCCUUGAUCAUCUUGACUUCCAAUCUAUUAACUUAAGUAGUAAAAUUGUCAAUGAAAUGGUUGAAGAGUGUUGGGACAGCAAAAUGACCUUGUCUUUAAUAUAUUUUAAUAUCAGCAAAAAUGACUUACAUGAAGUUAAAGGUUGCAAUUUAGAUAAAUUACUGAAAAUGAGUCCUGUACUAUUUGGGCUUGAAAUGGAGGAGUGUAAGUUAACAGGUAACAUUGUGAAUGAGAUGGUCAUCCAAAAUGAGCAACAUAACCGCCUUGUUGAGUUGAAUCUUAGUUUAAAUAAUCUUCACGACAUAGAUGUAAACUUUUUUGCAAGUAUCAGUUGUAAAUUUCCAAAAAUAAGAAUUUUUAAUAUAUCAAAUUGUGAAUUAAAUGAUAACAAGUUGGAUGCAAUGAUGAAAUGUAAGGGGGCAGAUGCAGUGUUGAAAGAGGGUGUUUUACAACUGUAAUAUUUCCUAAAUUGAGAUCCAUGAAUAAUAGUACAUUUUGAUCCAUGGAGUUGGAACAUUUCAGUCACAUUUAACAAGACCAGACGAAUAAUUAUGUUUGUUAUUUACAGAACAUAUAUAGGAGUAAGAUAUCUGAAGAUCCACUGAUUAAUAUCAGAUAAGAUAGUACAUACUACAAGUAUCGAAAUGCACGCCAUCUUGCCGGCAUUCAAUAUUUCGACGCAUAUAAUAUGUGUGUUAUGUAUAGAUACACACAUUGUAUAUAUUUCAGAUUAUUUGUUCAUUUAAAGAUUAAAUUAUAGUAAGUUAACUAUAAGUUAAUUAUAGUUAAAUCCAUUUGUUUAUUCAAAACUAAAUAAUAUUCUUUUUUAACUAUAUAGCAGUUCAAUUUUAUUAUUCAGUUUUAUUGUUUCAACAAAAAUUCACAUACCAAUUACUUUUUGAAUAACUUUUAUUAUGUUUACUAUUAAUGUAUGUUGAUAUCGCACUUGUACCUAAAUUUAUGUGCAUUUUCUUUUUAUAUUAUUGAUUGUUUUUAUGUUUCUAUAUACUGUAUUUUAUGCAUCAAGGCCCUUAAUUUCAAGUGAACCAUGUUGUACACAUUGACAAAUAAUAUAUCUUGUAUAUUGAUAUGACAACCUGGGAACACCAAUCAAAUAGUUUAUAAUAACUGCCGCUCUAGAAUAAGAGCCUAUCUCAAAUCAUAUGAGAAAUAAAUUAAUCAGCCUUUGUUGAUCAAGUACCGCACUGAGACUUUUGAAAGUGUAGGAGAUUGUGGUCAAUUACAUUUUAUGCAUGUAAAUAGAUGUGUAUUAUAAUAGACAGAGUAGUUUUUUGUAGUUUUAGGCAUAAUGAUUUCUUGUGCAGUAAGUUUUCAAAUAAAAUUUGAAAAGUAGUA